AAAAAAGCACGCGACCUUGGCUGGAUGCGGCGGCAGGGCGAAUCUGCUCAGCGUGGGAUAACCCCACGCUUACCACCAUCCCUUUCCCCAUUCCUCACUCUCUCCCGAGGAAACCCCACCGCUCUCCCUAAGCCAAACCCCUAGCCAAGGCUAAAGCAGAGGAGCGCUAGUUCAGCCGCGAGGGCCAGGAGCUUCCUUCCUCUCCCCAUAGAUCUCGGCGCAGAUCCUCUGACCUGGCUGCUCGCGCUGCCGAUCUGCCGAUGGCGUCUAAGGCGAAGCUCGGCGAGCUAAUGUGGGAGCACAGGCUGCGUGCGGCGGCCGUGGUGGCGUUCCUCGCGGCCGCUGUGGUGUCGAUCUCCGCCGUCGGCCCCAGGCUCAGCGCCGUGGUCUCCUUCUUCUGGCCUCUGCUCGUCUCCACGGCCUUCUUCCUCGUGGCCAUCACCGUGCUGCUCCGGAUCUCGCCCCCACCCGCCGGCGCCGACGAAUCCGGCAAGGAUCUGAUCGACUUCGUCGCCGGGUGCCGCCCGGAGCACCUCGUCCCGCUCCCGGAGGCGUCCACCACCGUGGAGGUGCCGCCGGAGCCAGAGAUCUAGAUGCCGGAGGAGAGAGCCCAGGAGGGAGGGAGCACGACGCCGGGCGGCAGCGAGAUGACAUUGUGCGCCGAGGGUGUGGUUCGGGAGGGACAUGGGCCGAGGGUAACCUGUAUGGGCAUCCAGGAGUUGCGGGCCGGGCGCCCCGGCGUACGGUGGUGCGGCCGUGGUUCGGUAGCGUAGGAUCCUCCGUGUCCGUGGCCUGGUGUACAAUACCAUGUUUCAAUAAAGAUGUCGCCCGUUCGGCGCAUACAAUUGUAUUAUUAGUGGGUCUGCUUUGUUCAUCUCGUAUUUUGUUCCUUUUUCAAGUCGAGGUCUCUGAACUCGCUCUGGAUGCCGCGAGCCCAAUCUAGCUUAAUUAAAACCAACUUCCUCUUGUUUACAUCUGCUCUUUCUGAUUGUAACCGCAUACCAUGAGCACAUUAGAGCAUCUCCACCAGAUGAGAAAACUGGCUCCCAAAACCAAAUACCUUCUUUUUUCUCCUCCAAACACCUCCACUAGCACCCCUAAAGCACUUUACAAUGAGUAAAUUUUUUGGGAGCGAGAAAAAACCUCUCUCCUCCCCCUCCAAAUAGGGAGCCAACACCCUUUCUCCUCCUCCGCGCGAACUCCAACCGCCGAUCCAACCUCCCUCGUCCUGGCUGCCGCCGCCAAAUCCGCGCCGGAGCCACUGGGCGGAGGUCCCCGCUGCCGCCCCCGACUACCCCAACCCCCCCCACCGUCUCGGCCCUGCAGUUCUCCGGUGCUCCGCCGUCCGAAGGCAAGGCCACGAAGCCUGCGGCCGCCGCCAAAUCUGCGCCGAGUGCCGCCUCCUAGAGGCUCGCCGCCGCCCCCGACUCCCUCCCCCGGUGCCAUCUCUCCCGACCGCGCCCUCCUCCGAAGAUGACUUCACUUCUUCUUCAAUUUUUUGAAGAGCAAUUGUCAGAGGAUGAACAAGAAAUAGAUGACGAUGAGGACGAUUUGCUUGCACUCAUGCUCACGGACAAGGAGAUGAUGAUGAAGAAGAAGCAUGGUGGUUCGAGGUCGGGCAAACAACUGAUUCAUCGGAGAAGACAGGAAGCUCAACGCCGUCUCAUCCUCGACUAUUUUGCUCCAAUCCGGUAUAUCCAUCUCGAUACUUUAGGCGUCGGAAUAGGAUGCAUAGAGAUUUGUUUCAGCGUAUUGCCGAUGCCAUUGUUGUCCAUGAUUCGUACUUUGUGCAAAAGAGGAAUUGCACUGGAUUACUUGGCCAUAGUACUUAUCAGAAGAUGACAGCGGCAAUGCAUAUACUUUGCUAUGGUGUGACCGCUGAUUUGAUUGAUGAUCACUUGGCAAUGGGAGAAAGUACAGCCAUCAAGUGUUUGAGGCGCUUUGUGAAGGCCAUAGUUGGGAUCUUUGGGGAGGAGUACUUGAGAGCACCCAAUGCACAAGAUAUCGAGCAUCUUUUAGCAAUGAACAAAGAUAGAGGUUUUCCAGGUAUGCUUGGUUCAGUUGAUUGUAUGCAUUGGAAGUGGAAGAAUUGUCCUACAUCAUGGCAUGGACAGUUCACAGGACAUGUGCAUGAUCCGACCAUUAUUCUUGAGGCAGUUGCAAACCAAGAGACUUGGUUUUGGCAUGCUUACUUUGGGAUGCCCGGUUCUUGCAAUGAUAUCAAUGUGUUGCAUAGAUCGCCUCUCUUCUCUAGAAUGGCAAGAGGAGAAGAUCACCCUGUUGAGUUUGAAGCAAAUGGCCACAAGUACACCAUUCCCUACUACCUUGCUGAUGGCAUAUAUCCAGCUUGGUCUACAAUUGUGAAGCCAAUAUCAAAUCCCCAAGGUAACAAAAGGAUUCACUUCACAAAGGCUCAAGCUGCUGCUAGGAAGGAUGUGGAGCGGGCAUUUGGGAUCCUUCAAUCCCAAUUUGCCAUUGUGCGUGGACCAGCUAGGUAUUGGGAUCAGAAAACACUUUGGUACAUCAUGAAUGCUUGUGUGAUCAUGCACAAUAUGAUUGUGGAGGAUGAGCGUGGUGGGGUGUUCGACUAUGUGUAUGAGAAGAUGGGACGGAUGGUGAAGCCACGGAGAAAUGAAGAUCGCAUCCAGAGGUUCCUCCAAGUUUAUCGAGAGAUCGAAGAUAGGGCGACACAUGAGCAGCUUCGUGAUGACCUUGUUGAGGAGAUGUGGAAUUGGCAUGGGCGACAUCGUCAUGAUCGAUUUUCAUGUAUAUUUUCUAUGAAGUGCAUUUGAACUAUGUUUAAAUUUUAAUUUGAACUAUGAAUUUGUAUUCGAUGGAUUUGGUAUGUUUGGUUUGUCAUAUGUUGAAAUGUCUAGUUUAUUUGAGGUGAA